GGAGCACCAGCCAGACUCAUUCACACACUGACCGCUCAGAUACACAACAAGAGCGCAAGACUUUCAGAAAUUAAACAGGGAGAGAGAGACACAGAAAUCCAGCAACUGCACAUGCAACAUUUCCUUUCUAAAGUUUGGAUGCUGCUUUCUUCCAAAGAGCUGGAUUUCCUCUUUACUCCAAUGGUUGUAUCUUUCCUCAAAUCAAGAUUUUUGCAUCAGCUGACCAGUUGUUCCCAGGCUGCUCAAGAGGAAGUUUUGUAGACAGAGGCCAGCUCCUGCCCUUUGAGAAGAAUGAGCAACUCUUCCAUCGAGUCAUCAAUCAGCCCAGGGCUGGAGGACAGCCAGACAGAGAAAACUCCAAGUCCAGGGAAGUCUCUGAGCCCAGUGCUUCUGUGUAAGGUAUGUGGGGACACCAGCAGCGGGAAACACUAUGGUAUUUAUGCCUGUAAUGGCUGCAGUGGCUUCUUCAAGCGAAGUGUCCGAAGAAAGCUCAUCUAUAGGUGCCAGGCAGGAACUGGAAUGUGCCCUGUGGAUAAAGCACAUCGCAAUCAGUGCCAGGCUUGUAGACUGAAGAAAUGUUUGCAGGCUGGUAUGAAUAAAGAUGCCGUUCAGAAUGAACGGCAGCCCCGUAGUACUGCCCAGGUGCGACUGGACACUGCUGAGCUUGACCCUGAGAAGGAGCACAUAGCCACGACCAGGGAGCCCAGUUUGUCAUCGGUCAGCAGCCAGAGACCAGCUUCCUCCAACAUCAGCGGCAGCCAGAAAACCAUCAGCCCACCAACUAACCAUCGGUUCAUGGCCAGCCUGAUGACAGCUGAGACCUGUGCCAAGCUGGAGCCGGAGGAUGUGGAUGAGAACAUUGAUGUGACAAGCAACGAACCUGACAGGACAUCCACAGAGUACCAGAUGUCCAUUUACCCUCCGAGUAGUCUCGAGAACGUAUAUGAGACCUCCGCCAGAUUGCUCUUCAUGGCUGUUAAAUGGGCCAAAAAUCUUCCGGUCUUCUCGAACCUGCCAUUCCGGGACCAGGUGAUCCUGUUGGAAGAAGCCUGGAGUGAACUCUUCCUGCUCUGUGCUAUCCAGUGGUCCAUGCCAUUGGAAAGUUGCCCUUUGUUGUCAUUACCUGAACUCUCUCAUUGCCCUCAGGGCAAGCAUAGUUCUGCCACAGCUGACAUCCGCAUCCUGCAGGAGAUCAUGAGUCGAUUCAAGGCUAUUGCUGUGGACCCCACAGAGUUUGCAUGUCUGAAGGCUGUGGUACUCUUUAAACCAGAAACAAGAGGGCUGAAGGACCCAGAGCAGGUGGAGAAUCUACAGGAUCAGUCCCAAGUAAUGCUGGGUCAGCACAGCAGGACACAUUACUCAAUCCAGCCAGUUAGAUUUGGGAAGUUGCUACUCCUCUUGCCAUCACUUCGCUUUGUCUCUUCAGAACAAAUUGAGCUGCUAUUUUUCCACAGAACCAUUGGUAACACUCCCAUGGAAAAGCUUCUCUGUGACAUGUUUAAGAGCUGAAAGUCCCAAGCAGCAUCCCCUGUUAUAUAUUGACCCCUCUCUCUCCCAACACCUUGUGUUGUCUAUUCCUUGUGUGUUCUUGCUAACUACCCCAAAAUAUUAAGUCCUCUGUCUGCAAUCACCAUUAAUGCAUUACAUCCUGUGAUACCAUGUCCCUGGUGUGUCAUGCUACCUACCUAUUUAUUAUUGUCUCACACAUCACAUUCUAUCCCAACAUUUUACAUACUCACUUUUCCCAAACAACUAACACUGCAAAUCCUUAUAAUUUUUAAGCCUGUGAAGAUUGAAUAUAUUUCUAAAGAAGAAUAAAACUGAAAUCUGGUUACCCCA